AUGACAAAAAAGACAUUAACAUUUAAACAUUUACUAAAACUGAUAGGUCAAGGAAUAUGGUAUUCUCGAAAUCAUUUAAUUCAUAGUUAUUUACUUAUCCCCAUUGGGAUUAUAAUUAUUAUGACAAUAUUAUAUGGAUUCAAUAUUUUAUUAAAAGAUAUUUUUAAAAUUAAAUUUCCUUGUUCAGUAUUAGGAAUGUUAAUUAAUCUUAUCUUUUUAUGUAUUUUGAGUUAUUUAAGUGAAUUUAAAAAGAGUGGUGGUGGUAGUAGUAGUGGUAGUGAUAAUGAAGAAGAAGAAGACGGUCAUUCAAGGGUAUACGUUAGACAUAUACGAAAUGGAUCAAAUUGGAUCUUAACUAAUUAUUUAAGAUUAAUCAAACCAUCAAUGAAUUUCACAUUGAAAUGGAUUAAUGUAUUUUUUAUACCUUCAUUUGUAAUAUUACCAUUAUCUGAUCCAAUUACAUUUAUUGAAUGUUUAAAAAUUGCUGGAGUAUUUAUUGUGGGGAUGAUAAUAUUAAUUCUUGUUGAUGUUAAUUUAAUAAAAGGUUUGAAAUUUGUUUUUAAUAAAUUUGGUCAUAAUAAAGAUGAUAAAAUUCAUUCUGAUGAAGAAGUAGUAGUAGAAGAAGAAGAAAUUGAAUUACAAAAUUUACAAUCCAAAUCUAAAUCUAAAGGUAUUACUAGUAUGAGAGAUGAUAUUACAACUAUAGAUCUUGAUAGUUUACGUCCAACUGAAAAUAAGGAAGUAACUCCACCACCACCACCAUUACCACGACUACCAAUUAAUGAAAAUCCAUUUGAAGAUACUUCUGAUUUGAUUGAACCAGAACCCAUUUAUCAUAAACCUCAUCACGUUGAUAUGUUUCCUAGAACUUCUUCUCAAAAUAUAUCUAUUCCAACAACACCAACAACACUACCACCACCACCCGAAACAAAGAGAUCUUUUGAACAACAAGAACUAGUAGUGGAGGUAGAUGACGAUGAUUCUGAACUUUCACAAAUAACAAUAUUUAUCACUAAUUAUAUUGAUUGGAUAUUAUAUUCAUUAUUAUUUAUAAUUUCUUUACCAUUGUAUUACAUACCAUCAAUUCAUACUUAUUUACCAUAUCAUUUAAGUAUAACCAUAAUUUCAUAUUAUAUUGCAUUAUUAAUUCCUCAAAAAUAUCCAAUCACAAAAAAAUUUGCUCAUCCAAUCAUUGUUUCCACCGGAUUAAUAUUAUUUAUUUGUUUUAUUGGUUCAUUGAUCUACCAUCAUAAUUCACCAAAAGGUUUUUUAGAUGAUUUGAAAUUUUAUAAAACUGGUAAAAAUUAUUUAAAUUUAUUCACUGGUAUCACUUUAAAUAAUAAUUCUAAAUCAACUUUGGUGCCUUCUGAUAAUCCAACAUCAACUCCACAAUGGCCUGGAUGUGGUGAUUUUUUAUCAUCAUUAAUGGAUGUAUCAAUUGUGGCAUUAUCAUUACCAAUGUUUACUCAUCGGAAAGAUUUCAUUAAGAAUGCGUCAAUUUUAAUGCCAACAAUAUUCAUUAGUAUUGCAUUGACAUUUUUCAUUUAUCCUGUGAUUUGUCAUGCCAUUGGUAUUCAACCAGAACGAUCAAUUGGGUUUAUUGGAAGAUCAGUGACAUUGGCUUUGGGUACACCAUUAAUUUCAGCAUUAGGUGGAUCUAUUUCAUUAAUGGCCGUGUGUACAAUAUUAUCAGGGAUUUUGGGAGUUUUAAUAAAUGAACCAUUAUUUAAAUUUUUAAAAGUUGAUAAACAAGAUUAUGUCACUCGAGGGGUAACUUUAGGAAUUAAUUGUGGAGCUAUCGCAACGGCUCAUUUAUUGAAUGUUGAUCCUAGAGCUGCUUCAAUGUCAAGUUUAAGUUUUUCAGUGUUUGGUACUAUAAUGGUUAUAAUGGCAAGUGUUGGUGCCGUUAGAGAUUUAGUUAGAACUUGGGUAGGACUAUAG